CGAAGAAGAAAAAGUUGGAGGAGGAGAUGAAAAGAAUACAACAGGAAGAGGAAGAGAAGAUGCAGGCUGCUGAAGAAGAGGACGUAGAGGAGGAGGAGCGGCUAGAAGCAGAAGAACAGGCCCUCAAAAGGAGGCGUAUGGGAGAAAGAGGAGAGAGCAGUGGCACGAAGCAGGAUGACCUGUGCGUGGAGAAGAAGAUAUCAGAAUGGGUGGCUAAUUUAUCUUUGGGAGAAGAUGAGGAGGCGAUGUUGUAUGUGCCUCAGGAGGAGAAGGAAGCAGCAGCAAGGGAGAUUGAAGCAGCGAGUGAUCCCCUGGAACGCCAGACGAUAGAAAAUGAGAAAAAGUUGGCGAGAGAGAAGAAGAGGAGGAUGGAGGAGGCUAACAGGAUGGCCAGUGAAGUGGAAAGCUUGCAGUCAUGUAGGCAAGAGGUAGAGGCCCAGCCUGACAUACAGGCUAAGUUGGACAAGAUCCUUGGGAGCAUUGAGCUCCUAGGCCGUGCCUGGACUGAACAUCAUCAGUCUGUUAGGGGCCAAGACAUGGCCCUCCAUUCCAUUCGGACCGGGUUUCGGGAGUUUGCGCGCGACGUGGUGACUCACGUCGGGACCGAAGUGAGGAGACUGAAGGAAGGCGCAGAUAAAUUUUGUGCAGGCGCCAUUGACGGCGCCAAAGUAGUAGCUGCGUCAGAGAGUGAGGGUCGUACCCGCAAAGAGCCUGUUAAGCUCAAGUUUCCUGACUCUUAUGGCGGGAAAAAGGAGGAGAAUUUUGAUAAUUGGGAGGCUAGCGUCAACAACUACGUAUAUUUACAGCAUAUUUUACCUGAGGAACAAGUCCUUGUAGCCUUCCAUGCCCUGAAGGAUGAAGUGGCUAUGUUUUGCCAGUGGAAGAGUGCGAGGGCACUCAAGGAAGUGAUGGACGACUUGGUUGCCAUCUCGGACCACGGGAUCACCGAGACCCAGUUGGUUAAUUUGUUUUAUCGUGCCAUGCCAGAACCCCUGCGAGGGCAUUUCUUUUUUGAAAAGACCCAACAUGCCAACAUUACGUACGAUGCGUUGAGUACAGAGGUGGUCCUGUUUGAGGCAAAAUCCGCCGUGCCAGUUUCCACUUUCUUGCACAAGGAUUUGGAUGAAGGGAAAAAGUGGAAAGGACUUACCGUCUCGGGUCAGGUUAGGGCCAAGGAUCAUCUGAUCCUUACUUUAGACGAGGGUGGUACUGACGAAGUCCCCUACAGUCAAAUUGAGUGGGGGCUAGAGGAGAAUGACAGUAGCGUGGGUCAGGGGAGGACAUACGCUGUUGUCGGGGUUGGAGGGAGGCCACAAGGUAGAGGAGGAGGCCAGAGCCAAGGGGGUCGGGCCAUGAGCGGUCGAGGUCGGGCGCACAGGGGGUUGGCGGCCAAAAGAACCGCCACGAGGGAGGUAGGGGUCAAGGUCCGCCGCCGAAUCGUUCAGGGCCUAGUCGAUCACCACAGCGCAGAGGUGGAGGAUCACCUCAAAGGAGAGGAGGUUGGCACCCAGUGCUCCCGCGUUCGCGCGAUUAUGAGAAAGGAGCAAUUAGAGGAGCAGGUCUUCAAAGCCUACGCGAGGCUUGUCACUGAGCCUAAAGAGGAUGAGCCAAUGAACCCAACCAUUGCCAAGCUGCUGGAGGAGUUUAAGGACUUAGCAGAGCCGCCGACAGGAGUAGUGUCGUGGCCGAUCCAACACCGUAUAGAGAUAGAGGCUGGCAGUAGGACUCCUAAGGGAGCGGUCUACACGAUGUCCCCAAGGGAGUUAGAGGAGCUGCGCAAGCAGUUGGACGAGCUCCUCGAAAUGGGUGGGAUUAGGCCGAGUUCGUCUCUUUUGGAGCACCACGGCAUUGGUGAGUUGCCACCUCAGCAGGCCACGUCAGCAGGCCACGUCAGCAGACCACGUCAGCAGGCCACGUCAACCGACAGCCGCGCCACGAUAGCAGUUGAGCAGUGCCACGUCAGCAGUCCUCCAGCCUGGUCUAUGCUCACGCGCUUACAAACAGCCGGCAUGGAUCAGAAGUCCGGGGACACGGCCGAGGCCUAUCAGGCCCGGAUGCUGGCUUUGAUUACCGAAGCCAAGAAACGGGGGGAUGAGGUAGCAGUCGAAGAGAAGAAGAAGGCAGAGGACGCCGAGAAGGCACGUCUGUUGGCAAUCGAACAGCAGCGCCAGCAAGACGAGGCCGCAGCAAAGGCUGCCGAUGAAGAACGAAGUCAACGACGCGAGAAGAUAUUUACCAGAGAGCGAGCCUUGCUCACAAUGGCUGCGGACUGGCGGGCCGAGGCCGAGAAUGGUAAGAUGGAAGAGAGUGAAAGCAAAAUCGGUCUACUCCUCUCCCAUUUCACGGAUCUCCUGGUAAUGUGCAUUGCACAGCAGGAGGACAUCCACAACCUUGACGACAAGGUUCAGACGCACAACCAGGUGUUUGAUCAAGUCGCCUCCAACAGUUGGAGCAACGACCCGUCGCCGUCCCCGAUGCCAGCUCCUCCAACACCUCCAAUCGCCUCAAUGCAUUGGAGAUCGACGUCGGAACCCUCAAGGACGACACGCAGUUAUAGCAAACCGCCACGCAACAACUGGAGCAGCGGAUUUGUGCUGCCGCCGCCACACCGAGUUCAGCACCGCGCGAGACGACUCCAAGACAUUCAGAUGGGCUUCAAGGCUGUCAAACACUACUUCAUCACGAGGUCGUUUCCAGCAUUGGGCAACGCCUUGACUCACGUCGAGGACACCCUGACGACAACAACGGAGCUUUUUGACAAGGCCGCACAGAUCAUUGUCACGAACAAGGAGGUCAAGAACCUCAACCGUUCGUUUGCGACAGGCCCGAGCAGAGAUCAGCAUCGGCCGAAAGUGGCCGUGGUCGCGGCGGCAACGCCAACCGACCCUUCUAGCGAGGCCGUGCCUGCCAAUGAAGGGGACAGACUCGCAGCCGCCCGAGAUGGUGGCCGCCCCGACAAAGGCCGAGGACGCGGCAAGACGAAGACAAACACCGCAUCUAUCCCCGGGCCCGGCGCAACAGCUCCAGCCCCAUGGUCCAACUACGGUCUCUCCGAACAUGCGUACAAGCUACGCACGAGAUUCCGCUAUUGUCUAUGGUGUAACCGUGAUCUCCACGACACAGUGACCGCCCUUCAUUCCGAGGCACAUGCGGAAGUCAAUAGUCCUUCUCUUCUAUAUUCUUAUGAGUAUGCUGCCCGGCUCGUUCCUAUGCAAGGUACUCAUGCUCAAGGACAAGACGUGUGUGCGGCAUCUUCUCCGUCCGGUAGCGGCGACUUAUCGUCUUCAAGUGGUUCUUCAUGGGGUUCGGCGCGCGAGUUCAACAUAGAGGUCUUGGACCCGCUCACGUCGGAGGAUUUCGCAUGGCUUCCUCUCCCGACCACGGGCCGCUUGUCGGGACCACAAUGCGCAACACUAUGCGCUCAUCUUCACAUGUAUCUAUCCUUCUAUGCACCACCAACUUCGCCGACGGAUGACGAAGCUGCGGUGGGGGUUAUCCUUGCGUAUGUUAUUGACCCGCGAGUUUCGCAAGCAGAGUUCACCGACAUCUUCAAGUCACCUACUGGUGUGGUGCCGGAUCGGCCAAUCUCUCACGAGAUCAUUCUUGAGGCCGGUGUCGUGUCGCCGAAAGGGUGCAUUUACUGCAUGAGCGAGGAGGAGCUUACGGUCCUCCGCGCGCAACUCGAUGACUUGUUGGACAAGGACUCGAUCCGCCCUAGUAGCUCCCCACAUGGAGCACCAGUUCUCUUCGUACGGAAGAAGAACAAGGAUCUACGAUUGUGCAUCGACUACCGCAAGCUCAACGCGCAAACCGUCAAGAAUGCGGGGCCUCUUCCUCGUAUUGACGAUCUCCUUGAGCGUUUGGGUGGCGCGAAGUACUUUUCUGAGUUAGAUCUGAAAUCAGGAUACCAUCAGAUUUCGAUCCGGCCGAACGAUCGCUAUAAAUCCGCAUUCAAGUCGUGGUAUGGGCAUUUUGAGUGGGUGGUCAUGCCCUUUGGCCUCACCAACGCCCCGACGACCUUUCAAGCGGCAAUGACCAACGAGUUCCGUGUGAUGUUGGACCGGUUCGUGCUAGUCUACUUAGACAACAUUCUCGUCUAUAGCCGGACAUUGGAGGAUCAUCUUGAGCACCUUCGACGAGUGUUGGAGACGCUCCGCAGUGCCAAGUACAAAGCCAACCGCGACAAGUGCGAAUUUAUCCGGCAAGAGAUGGACUACUUGGGCCAUUUUGUCACACCGGAGGGCAUCAGUCCAUUGUUGGACAAGAUUCAAGCCAUCCAAGAGUGGUCGGCGCCGUGGAACGUUAUGGUUGUCCGUUCGUUCCUUGGCCUUGCCGGCUACUACAAACGUUUUAUCAAGGGAUACUCGAAGAUCGCGGCCCACUUGAUCAAGCUUCAAUGCGGGAUCGGCAGUUCGACUUCGGGGAGGAUGCGCGAGAAUCAUUCUUGGCUCUCAAAACUGCAUUAUUGUCUGCGGAGGUCUUGCGAAUCUAUGACCUGCUAUUGCCAACGCGCGUCACUAUGGAUGCGUCCGACUACAACAUUGGUGUCGUCCUCGAACAACGCAACAUUUCAUCCGCGGCUACUACCAAGCGACAAGUACGCGAAUUGCUCCUCUCCUAAUCUGGCGCCUUCUCACUACUGGAUCCAAGAGGGGUACUUGCUUGUCCACAAGCGGGGGAAGGACCUUCUUUGCGUACCGAGUGACUCCCACUUGCGUACACGGCUUCUUGGCGAGUUCCACGAUGCUCCCGCCACCGGACACUUUGGAGUCAAUCGAACGAUUGGCCGACUUUGCGAGUGCUUUUGGUGGCCUGACCUUCUCGACGACGUCACACGCUAUUGCGACUCAUGCGAAGUUUGCCUACGCUGCAAAUCCCGCAACCAUCGUCUGUACGGCGAGUUGCGACCAUUACCGGUCCCCUUGCGAUGGACGGAAGCGAUUGCCAUGGACAUUACCAGGCCGUUCCCCAAGCACAAGACCGGUGUGGAUGGGAUUCUCACGGUGGUCGAUCGACUCACCAAGUUCGCCAUGUUUUUGCCUUGUCGCAAUCAUGCCAAGGCACCGGAGUUGGCCGAGGUUCUUUACGCCGAUUGGAUUCGAACCAAGGGUUACCCCAAAACCGAUGGCCAAAGGGAGACGGCGCAUCAGACCGCACAAGUUCUCCUUCGCACUCUCAUCCGUCCCAACCAAAAGGAUUGGGUUGAGCGGUUGCCAAACAUCGAGUUGGCAUACAACUCAUCCAUCCACCCGGCUAUUAGGAUGUCGCCCUUCAAGUUCGAGCACGCCUCGCCGUUCACUUCUCCGUUGGACACAAUCAUUCCAUGAGCGGCCGAGAGCGACAACCAUAUUCUUUUCUUGUGUCGGAUGCAAGAGCUACUGGUCAAGGCACGCGACCACAUGGCUAAGACGCA